GUCAGGUGUUUUAGAUCCUGUUGAACGACGUCAGUCGUUAAGUCGACUAUCGCUUAUUGUUUGACAGGUGAUCGUUUGCGAAUCAUUUGCUUUCGAAAAGGGUGGAUACCGUGAUCUCACACCCCGCUACUACGAUCGCGGUAGCCCAUCCCUUCUUUGAUUCCGUCCCUAACCCCUUCUCAUCCGUUCGUUUAUCUUUCUAUCUCCUACUACAGCACAUAUCCUUUUCUCCCUUCCUUCUCUAUUCGUUUCUCCCUUUUUUUCUUUCUCACUGUCAUUCUACUUCCACCUUCUUUUACCGUCAAACAUAGAACGUGUUCGACAUCUUCCGCUGUGGCGAAGAUACCGCCAAUGCAAUGCGAUUAUGUCAGGGGCAAGCUGAUAAACUUUUGAACACCUGCAAUGAUGUGACAAUAAAGGUAUAUUCUCCUACAUCCUUUCUCAUAUCGCGGGGUAUUGUCCCUGUUAUACAGUGCUUCCCAGAAUAGAACAAGAGAAUGAAAUAAAAAUUAUCAUCAACUAAAUCGAUGAUUAAUGAAAACGGUGCCAAACGUCGAUAGACAAGCCAAUCAACGUGAAUAUACAGCAUCUUGAUAUUCCGAUAAACAUCGAUAAUUAGGGAGCAAAAAAGGAACAACAAGAAUAAGAAGAAACGAGGGGUUGACCACUGACUGCAAAACGCACACAACAGAACAGGUUGAUUAAGAUCAAAUCUUAACGAAGGAAAACACAAACAGACAAGGAAAGCACAAAGAAGGGAGAAAUAGUGGUAGUUAUUGAAAAAACAGUAAAUUGAUUAUUCAAAGGUUGCGUGAAAGAAGGAAGGAUUACAGGUGGUAUAAGAGAAUAACAAGAAUAGAAUGGGCAAUAAGUUGUCUUGCAGUUGUGCUCCUCUUAUCAGAAAGGCUUAUCGUUACGAGGAUUCACCAUGGCAGGCUGGCGCGAGGGGCGGAAUGGGCGGCAGCGGAGGUCGCAGGGGUGACACUGGCCACUUGCUCAGGUGCGGAAGCUUAAGAGAAAGGAAGAGACUGUGGGCCGAAGUGUUCCAUGUAAGUGCCAGUGGAGCAGGGACUGUAAAGUGGCAGCAGGUUUCCGAGGAUUUAGUUCCUGUAAAUAUCACAUGCAUUCAAGAUUCGCCAGAAUGUAUUUUCCAUAUUACCGCAUACAACAGUCAGGUAGACAAAAUUUUGGAUGUACGAUUAGUUCAACCAGGUACACGUAUCGGACAAGCAUCAGAGUGUUUUGUUUACUGGAAAGAUACAAUGACCAACGAUACGUGGGGAUUGAAUUUUACUUCUCCGAUAGAUGCUAAACAAUUCAGAGAAUGUUGCUCACCGUCGUUCAAGAUUUCAAGGAAAGCGUCCUCUUCUUACUCGUUGAAGCUUGAGCCACCUAACAAACAAAAGAUCAAAACCCGGAGAAAGCCCUUAUCGACACCGGCAUCACCGAGUAGAUCCAGGGAGCCUCAAUGCACUUGUAUGACCCCAGAACAACUUGCCAGGUUUCGAAGCCAAGAAGCUAGAUAUCGAGGCUUUUGUGGUACUUCUACGCUUCCGCGAACUAUGGCAAGAUCCACGGAAGUUGAAAUGACACCAGCUCGUGAUAAAAUAACUGCAGCAACAUCCAGUGCGUCCCUCUACGACAACGUUAACAAUGCGAAUGUAACGCCAGGAAAAACACCGAAAACAGGCGAAUCAAAGCAAAAGGAGAAACAAAAUGAAACCUGUCAAACUACACCAAAAACGGCGAACGUAGGAAUCGAAACAGUCACCGUUGGAUCACAGAUCGAUAGCCCGGAAGAAAAAGGCGCUGCAGUUUCUCCGAAGAAAGGUCAGAAGCAAAGUCAAGAUUCGUCUACUCAACAAAAUAGUACUGAAAUGCUAAAAUCAGAGGGUACACAAGCCGGUGGUACUUUACAAAAUAAAUCUUUACGAAAAGAGCAAUUACAUCAUACAAAGUCUGCUGAUUAUACAGACUUGGAAAUGCAAAAUGGCAAUAUCUUCAACAUAGUGAACAAUAAUCACAGUGGAAAGAAAUCAAAAAGCAAGAGUACGGAUGAUAUGAGAAUUGAAAAUGCACAGAACGGUGGAAUUAGCUUAGAUUCGAAUACCUUGAAAAGAAUGCUAAAACCAAUGUCGAGUAUCGAUAGUCCUGUUACAUCCCCAGAGAUGACCAGAAAGAGGCACAGCCAUCAUAAUUAUCAUUACCACCCAAGCAAUAACAAUCAGAAAUACGUUAUGCAAGAGACUGAAAAUGAAAAUUGUGCGCAUCUAUAUCGAGCAUCAUAUAAUAACAAGUUCCAGGCAUCUAGAAGCGUGCAUGACAUGGGACGUCAGUACACUGGCAGCAGAGCCAGGACCUAUUUAGAUUCGGAACGUAAUCGAUGCACAGGUGAUAUGUCGCCGCCAUCGGAUAAUGUCAUCUUCGAUAAUCAGUGUUACGCGACCACGCCAAGUUCGUCGAAUGGAAACUCGGAUAUGGAACAACCGACUCACUGCAGUUCGCGUCGUUGCAAUGGUGGUCAGGCGUAUCAACAGCAAAACAUGCAAUCUGUAUCAACACCUGGUAGUCCAACUAGUAGGCUUCUUCUCGAAUAUGAGAUGCAUCUGAGGAACACUUUGGCCAAGGGUAUGGACGCCGAAAGCUACAGUUUACGUACUUUUGAGGCCUUGCUAACGCAAAGCAUGGAAGAUUUAGAAUUUGCGAAAAAUAUACCGUUGAACAUUCAACGUACACCUCACGUUUCACGAAGACGUCCCGGUUCCAAUAAAUCGUCAACGUUACCACUAUCGUACCGUUAUUGCAAUGAAAGACAAAAUAGUAAGGAUAGGGACGGUUACUACAGCGACCGUAAUGAAAUGAUUAGGGAGAAAAGAGACAGAGAAAUUGACCGAGAUCGUGGAUAUCUUAGUGAUUAUAAUUCUAGAUGUACCAGCUGCGUUGGAGAGUCUGCACGUGCACAAUGGUUUCGCCACUCUGAUGGAUGGCAGUCUGGUAGUUCGACGCUUGGCUCUGGUGCUUCUAGUUCUAUGAAUCCAAGUUACAUGGGACAUAAACGAGAUUCUCCGUGGGAUUCCUUACCAUCGCUAAGACACGAGGGCAGCCUUAACGAUAGCGGAUAUAAAUCAAAUCGAACUGAUUCUUUAGAACAAAGAGGAACUUUUGAUAGACAAGACAGCGUGAGAUCGGAUUAUAUGUCCGAUCGGGAUGGCAGAUAUGGAAUUGUUCAACAAGCUUCACUGGAGAGCACAGACUCGAGAAUUUGCUACUUGACGUCCUCAGAGAUGUCAGACGAUGAUAAAAUGUCGCUAACUACUGCCGUUAGCGAUGACGACGAUGGUGAAAGUGUCAUAAAUUCUCCAUAUCGAGGAAAACAGACUGGUACCGCUGCAGCUUCGUUCAAUUGCACGGGAGCAGUUCGAAAAGCUGGAUUUUUAAGCGUGAAAAAAUGGCUGUUACGAAAGAAGCAUCAAAUCGAGCUGGCGAGGAAGAGGGGUUGGAAAGGUUAUUGGGUUUGUUUAAAAGGAACUACCCUUCUCUUCUAUCCUUGUGAUUCGCAAGAAAGUAGAGCCAUGGAGGCAGCACCAAAACAUUUGAUUAUAGUCGAUGGUGCAAUAAUGCAACCAAUUCCGGAACAUCCAAAACGGGAUUACAUAUUUUGCUUGAGCACCGCAUUCGGCGAUGCUUAUUUAUUCCAGGCACCAUGUCAAGUGGAACUCGAAAACUGGGUGAACAGCAUACAUUCAGCAUGUGCCGCUGCGUUUGCACGUCAUCGUGGUAAAACCGGAACCCUUCAUUUAUUGCAAGAAGAAAUAUUUCGCUUAGAGAAAGCGAUAGAGUCGGAUCAUAAAUUAAAACACAUGGCGGAUCUUCAGCAGUCUGUCGUAUCCGAUGUAGAAACAAAACAGCAGAUUAAUAAUCAAAUUGUUCAAUGGGAAGAAAAUUUGGAGCGACUUCAUUGCGAGCAAUUCCGACUAAGAUGCUAUAUGGCGAGUUUACAGAGUGGCGAAUUACCAAACCCAAAGAGUUUAUUGACGCACGUAUCUCGUGCUACGAAGCAAACAUUAAACAAAUUAGGAGUCUUUACCGUAUCGUCGUUUCAUGCUUUUAUAUGCGCACGAAGUCCUUCGUUGCUGAAUAAUCUACUAGCAGGACGAGGAGCUACCAAGAGGAGACCACCGUUACUAUCGAGAUCCAAUAGUGGAUCGAGUAGGAGAUCCCUUCAAAUAUCGUCCAGAGAUGAUGAGAAAACCGUGAAGGUGUAUGUGCCGGAAAAUCAGCUGGUAUCCGUUUUUGUGCGUGACGCUAUGACAGUAGAGGAAUUCCUUGCGAGUGCUUGCAACAGGAAAAACCUUAAUCCGAUGGAACAUUUCGUUCGUGUAAAGAAACGACGCGACAUGGAAGAUCAUAAUUAUUUCGUACCACAUAGAACGGACAUGAUAGAAACUUAUUUGCACACUCAUGAGAUUGUUGAAGUUUGCGCGAAAAUCCUAUAUCAAGUAGAGCUACAGAGGAAUACUCUUGAACAAAUGUGGGGCUUUUCGGUGGAAGCAGAAUUAAUUGAGAAUUCUGAUCGGCAGGAUGAAUUGUGUUGUUAUGUUAGCAGGGUUGAAGAUAAGAGCGUCGCAAUGCAAAAUGGAAUCAUUAAAGGAGACGAGAUCAUGGUAAUUAACGGUGCAAUAGUAAGCGAUUUAGACAUGAUGUACUUGGAAAGUGUGUUGCAAGAAGAAGUUGGUCUAUGUAUGAUGAUGAGAUCUUCGCGAACUGAACCACCAGACCUUACAGGCAUAAUGAGAGUCACCGAUGACAUAAUCGAGAGUUUGGUUUGUCCGCCACCACCUUCUGAUCCACCGGUUAUAAGCGAAGAAAUGAUUUCUGGUUUAAUCGUUCCAGCCCCCGGAUGGAGCAAAGAAAGUAUCGCACAGGAGUGUACGUCAGCAGCUCACAUGGAAAAUGGCAAACAAACAUCUCGCACAAAUUCAUUCGAAAUAGAAAACUUAUUGAAAACCGCCGAACAAGUAACUGGUAUCUGUCGAUCACCUGGUGAAACAAGAAAAUCUAGUCCCACUGGAAGUGUUGUUAGUUCUCAUUCUCAAGCUAUGACGCCGAGUCGGCAAUUAAGCGAUGCUGAGAAAUUGAAGAAAGUUAUUUUAGAAUUAAUUGAAACUGAACGUACUUAUGUGAAGAACUUAAAUAAUUUGCUGGAGAACUACUUAGAACCCCUCAAACGCGAAACAUUCUUAUCGAAUGCAGAGAUAAACGCAUUGUUUGGGAACAUACAAGAGAUUGUUACAUUUCAACGACAAUUUCUACAAAAUCUUGAUCAUGCGAUCGAGAUGGAAGCUGAUUUCAAUAAUUUCGACCAUCCUAGUCAAUUUAAGGGUGUCCUGUUUUCUAUUGGAAGUGCCUUCUUAUAUUACGUAAAUCAUUUCAAGUUGUACAGUUCGUUUUGUGCUAGCCACUCAAAAGCACAAAAGGUUUUACAUCCAAAUGAAGGAAACCAAGCUUUACAAGAGUUCCUGCAAGCGCGCAAUCCAAGGCAGCAACAUUCGUCGACUUUAGAAUCAUACUUGAUAAAACCUAUUCAACGAAUACUGAAAUAUCCGUUGUUGUUACAACAGCUUCGAAACCUAACUGACGAACGAAGUGAAGAGCACCAGCACUUGAUUGAAGCCUUAAAAGGAAUGGAGAAAGUAGCCGAACACAUCAAUGAAAUGCAAAGGAUUCACGAAGAAUACGGAGCUAUCUUUGAUCACUUGUUCAGGCAACAUCAAAAGUCUUGCAAACAGCCGAUCGACUUAAGUCCAGGAGAUCUUUUAUAUUAUGGAGGGGUCGAAUGGCUCAAUAUUUCCGACUUUCUUGGUAAAAUCAAGAAAGGGUUGGAACUGCACGCAAUGUGUUUUGUGUUUAAGUCUGCUGUCGUAUUCUUGUGUAAAGAAAGGUUGAGACAGAAGAAGAAGCUUAUGGGGGUAUCCACUAAAGCGAAUUCCAGUGAGGUAGAAAUAAUUCGCUAUCAAGUAUUAAUUCCUGUAACGGAAGUACAAGUUAGAGCUAGUUCCGCCAAAGAUAUGGAAUCUCAUUUCCUGUGGGAAUUGAUCCACUUAAGAAGUCAAUUACAGAGAAGAUCGGAGAAAGUAUACGUGCUUUCUAACAGCACAACAGAAUUCAGAAAUGCAUUUUUGAGGACGAUACGUCAAAUUAUUCGAGAAUCGGUUCGAAAUAUGAGUAUACCAUCGACGAAGCAGAACUUGAACCAACCACCGAUUACCAUUUCACCACGAAUGUCAACUGGACAUGUUGAAAAGUUUGAGAAACAGUCGGCAAGCCAGGGACAAAAUGGCAGUAACAGUAGCGCCGUAACUACCGGUACGCUAUCGAAAAAAACGGUUAAACCGCAAAUAUUGCCAACUUCCCAUAACGUAAAACGAAAAUAUAGCCAAUCGAAGCAAACGGUAGAGCAUGAAAGUUCCGAAGAUAAAGAUAUCGAGGAGCCAGCAGGCGCGAUCAAUCAACAGCAAACGACAUUUCGCUCCCGAAGCAAGACUAUCAGCGAUACAUCCGGAGAGGUGAAAGUCGAGAUGGAUUCAGGAACAAAAUCCGAAGGAGAAGAAGAUUCGCAAGCUUUUUUAGGUGAGAAGAAGGCGAAUUUGGGCCGCACACCGAAUCAUUUGACUUUGAGCACCACUUCAACAAUUUCAGCAGGAAGUACGGGUAGUCAGGCGAGACUGAUCCAAUCUUCUCAUCAACCGGAAAAUUAUCAGCCGAUCGCAGUCAAGGAACUUGGUUCGCCGAUUUGGAAACCACGGGAAUUACCCUCGCUAGGAGAGUCUACGACGUUGCCACGUAAGGGUAAGUCGGCCAGCGAGUUUGGGGAUAUAAGCUCAUCUCAUAGCGCCUCCCGAAAGUCUCUGAUAGAAAUCAAUAAUUGUGCUCAACAAUCUAACUGUAAUAACCACGUUUAAAUUAAAUAGAUGUUAACUGAUUGACGAA